UUCUUUUGAUUGAGUCAAGCGAGUAGUACUGCUUAUAAAGUGAACUGAAUCUGCUAAUCAUGUAAUCAGAAAAAUUGUUCAUUGUUUAUCAACUCAACAAAAUAAUGGCAGAUGAAAAGACUCCUCUUAUUGCUUCUGACCUCUCAGAAAAGAGUUCCCCACCUGCCCAUGGAUCCGCCCAAGUUGACCUAGAGCACACCAAUGCAGAUGAUGUUCAAGAUAGCUGUGAAGAUUCGCUGGAAGAGGGAGAAAAUAAAGCUGAUGGCUCUGAUGCAAUUCAUGAGGAACAAUCACACUCAAGAGAUUUUGUGGCACCGAAUUCGACAACGAACAACACUUCGAAACCGCGUCGGAAAAUCAGCUCAUCGAAUGCUCCCCGAAAACUAUCCUCUUCUGGACUUCAGAGCUCAGAAGAAUCCAAACGAGAGAAUGAAAAACGCGCAGCUGCUCGGAAACUAAAGACGCCAGACUCCGAGAUUGAUUUGCUGAGUAAGAAUAGUGUGGAGUCCCUUUUGGGGGAGGAGAGAAGUGGAGACAAUCUGAUCACGUGGUAUCAAUGUCUAGCUCAUGUGACCAAGGGUUAUGUGGGCACUGGCAUAUUAGCCCUUCCUUAUGCAUUCUCUCUAGUGGGUUGUGUAAGCGGUCCACUAUUCAUGGCCUUUACAAUCGUUAUGGCCUUUUGUGCAGUGAACUUCCUCGUAGACGCAUGUCGCCACAUGUGUAAAAUAGAGCAGAGGUCAUUUAUGGACUAUGGCGACUUAGUGGAGAGUGUGUUACGUCAUGGCCCUUUUGAAUAUCUUCAGAAGUAUGGCCCCAUCGCAAAAAAGGCUACCAAUAUUCUACUUGUUAUAACUCAACUGGGGUUCUGCGCUGUCUAUUUGAUCUUCAUGGCGCAGAAUUUAGGUUUUGUUCUCAAAGACUACGGUGUCCAAAAUCAAUUCGACGUCAGAUUAAUAACAUGCUGUCUAUUUGUUCCCGUAGCUCUUCUCUGCCUCAUACGCAACUUGGCCUAUCUUGCCGUGCUAUCAGCGCUGGCCAAUUUUCUGCUCGCAUUUGGAUUGGGAGUCAUCAUCUACGAGGUCUUCCUCCAAGCGCCCAAACCCACCACACACCUGCCCGCGUUCGAAUCCCUCUCGAACCUACCUCUCUGUUUUGGAAUCAUAUCAUACUCCCUAGAAGGAAUAGCAAAUUUACUUCCCUUGGAAAACAAAAUGCGAAAACCAGAACACUUCAAACGCGUGCUCAACAUUGGGUUGUUAAUAGUGUUUUCCUUUUCCUUAGUUUUUGGGAUUCUGGGCUAUGAAAUGUUUGGCCAUAGUAUUCAAGCCUCUAUCACUCUCAACUUACCAAAAACUUGGUAUUUUGCACUCACCAAAUUUAUGUUUGCUUUUGUGAUUUUCAUAACAUAUGCGAUACAGUUUAUAGUUCCUGUUCGACUUUUUAUGCCUUGGGUGAAAGAAAAGUUCCCGAAAUGCGAUGAAACUAUAAGAGAGUAUCUGCUUCGAAUCUCAUUGGUAAUUUGUACAUUCCUCGCCGCAAUUAUCGUCCCGAAGCUCGGCACGUUUACUGAACUGAUUGGAUGUUUUGCAUGUUCAACAUUAACAUUUACACUGCCUGCAAUCGUGUUCCAUUUCUCGCUCUACAGCAACCACACAGUAUCAGUUAGACGAAAACUCGCUUACAAAGUAAUUGUUGUGCUUUUGUUGGUCAUGGGAAUUUGUGGUUCUGUGACAGGGUCAGUUUUAUCAAUAAGAAACCUCAUUGCAGCAUUUUUCGACGGGAAAGACUAUAUGAGUGAUUUAUGA